AAAAAAAAUCUUAACAGCUUGACUUUCAUUCUAUGCACGAUUCUACUAUUCGAUUACACUUACACGGUAACUAUGGCUACUAAUAACAUAACCGGCGACUCCAUCGAGCCUCUAAAAACCGUAGUAAACUCCACGAUAGACCUUAUAUCCCAAUUAGAAGACUAUCUUCACUCGAAUGCCUUCGAUGCUGACGAUACUUCCGAAGCCGCUGCCCCGUUAUCGUCACAAUUCUCGACCGUAGAUUCGGUAGACCCUUUCGCCCUCGCCCACGACUCUGCAACUCUUAUAAAGGCUCACGCAACAAAGCUAUCCCUGCUUAUUAUCAAUGAACCAUUCACACCCUCGGCUAUAAUCAAGGUCCUCCGUGAGAUGGUAGCCGGCCCUAUCCCGGCUCUUGCGUCCGCCGUCCAAGUUUGUGACGUCCACAAAUGUACCACGGUGGCUCGUCAAGACCUCUCUUGGCGAUGUCACCGAGUGUUGAAAGAACUUAAGAGCUUUGUCGGCAUUGUUCCUCUCGAUGGAAAUGUUCUAUCUAACGAGAAGAAGAAUGGCACCAAGGGAGGGAAAGGAAGCAUGGCUUCUACUGGUGUCAUAUGGGCUGCUUGUGACGACGUAAUCCUUCUGAAGAACUUGGGCAUUGCUGGGCUGCUUGUCAAGAAGGUCGAGGAAUAUAGAGAUACUUUGAAGGACAUCUUGGAAGAAUUGAAGGAGUAUAGCGAGGAAGAUGACGAGGAAGAUGAAGAAGAGGGCAUCAACGAUGUCACAAACCAGAUCCAACACACACAUAUUUCGACGCAGGAGAUGCUAGAUGACCUCAUGAAUCCGCGUCACAUACCUAAAGAUGAUCCGGACAAGAUUAGAGAACGUCUCGAGUUUUGCAUGAAACGGCUUCGACUCACCACAUUACUUUAUACGGCCAUCGUGAAGAGGCGACUCAAAACCCUACCGGCGCUCCCUAACACCACACGGAUACCAGUAGCGCAGCGCCUCGAUGAAGUAUUUCCCCUACUCAAGCGAUUACCCCACCGGUUCGGCGAAGUGGCGUGCGCAUUUUACGAGCUAGAUCGUGACUCUAUCGACCGCACUAUGGAUUCUUGCUUCUUCGACGCUUUUGCGACAUCAGAGAUGAUGAUGAAACCCUGGGAAGGCCAGAGGGACGAAUUUACCGACUGGGCAGAGAAAUUCCAAGUCGGCAUUAAAAAACCAGAUUAGGUACGCUUUACGAACUGUGGAAACUUUUGAGAAGCAUAUAUAUAUAUAUAUAUAUACAAGUUAUCCGUUAAGGAUGAAGGAUGAAAUCUUUUCUCCAAGCCUACCUAAGGGAUAGUAGAAAUUUAAAACUAGCAGACACGAGUUCGCAACGGCCGCACUCCGAAUACGAUUCUUAUCACACCUG